GCAAGCGCUACGGACUCAGAGAGUUCAGGUGCGUCACGUGGCUUGCUAAGCAUGACGUAUUUUCCGGUGAGGGUGACGUGGAGUGUGGCUAGUGACGUCUGCCAGGCUCUGAGCACUCCAGGAAGCCAGGUGAACCUUGUCAUGCCAACGAACGACGCCAUCGCAGAUACUGUGAUCACCUUGCUGCAAAAUUCUACGAUCCCAAAGGUGUGGUUAGGUGAUCUUUUGUCGGCGAACCAGGACAAUGCCCUCUGGCUUAACGGAUCUGCUAAUGUCUCCCCAUCCUGUGUCAGCGUUACAUACCACGUGACCAGCGGUCUGCAAAGGGAAUCGGAAUCUUGUCUACUCCCGCAGGCGGCUGUUCUGUGUCAAAAGCUCGAGAAAAACAACUGCACCUUUCGGAACUUGUCUGGAAUGGCCAUCUCUUCGGACUGGGUUCUGGGGCAAGUGAGGAGCGUCAACGAGUGUCUAGACCAUUGCAACAGCUUCUACUAUAAAGGUCUGGAGUGCUGGGCCGUCACCGUCAACAACAGAACCAGGACGUGCUACCUCUACUACGCUAGAACCCCAGUGGCAGACGAUCACAGCCAAAUUCUUAAAGUGGGGGCGAAUUAUUUUGUCCUCUACAUUCGCACCUGCUUCCGCACGUCAGUCUACGACUUCUCAUCAACCCUGAUAAACAGCCUGCUGUAUCCGGACAACAGUUCUGUGAUGUUCCUGCUGCCCUCAACAGACUCAAUGGAGGUGAUAUCGGAAGUUGAGUUGAGUGCUACUCCGCUGCAGAUUAUGGUCAGCGUUGUGGAGGAGUAUGUGGUCACGGUACAAGUCGACGUUGAAACGAAGGUGGCUAUCUUGGCGACGUCGGUGUUUGAUCUCGGGAUAACGGAGGCACUGCCAUUCGAAGCGAUAAAAGAUACAACAAGGCUUCAAACCACGACGAACAAUCCGACAAUUGUGGCCAAGACGACAUGGAAUAGCCUCCCAGCAGUGAGCGAAACAACAUCCGUGACGCCAGCGGCAACAACAACAUUAACGGCAAAAAACAUUUUGACAUUGUAUUUGAGAAAUGCCAACACGACAACGCAGGCAGCAAACGCGUCAAUAACAAACGGAACAACGCUGACGUCAUCGAGCAGUGUGACGAAAGCCAUGAAUAGCGCAACAGUGACGUCCGCAAGUGGCGUGACGCAGGCUGCGACGUAUGAUUACACGAACGCGAGCCCAGGGCAGACGUCAACGAAUACGAGCGCAUCAUCUGACGUCAAGGCAUCAGCAGCCGUCUCGACCGCGAUCACUGAAGCGUCAGCCAAAGUGACGUAUGUGGCGACGAAGACGACUACACAAACCCUCGACAUUGCGACAACGACACAAGUCGACCUGCUGCCAAGCACGGGAAUGUUUGCUGAGUCAGCCGCAUCGACGUCGGCGUUUGCAGCGACGAAACCAUUUCAGACCGUCGGUUUCAACCUCCUGAUACCUUCCUACCAGAACGUUCAGCAGGGUCAGACCAAAACUGUGACGUCACUGUAUGUUCAGGAAACGACUGGGAGCAAGCAGACAGACCAACUGACCUCUAUUUUGCAGCUGUUGGGGCCAACAACGUCGCUGCCACCCUCUUCAAGGGAGACGACAGCAGGCGGUGGAAUGCAACAGGGUGCUGGUCAGACAACCCUCCCGUUUUCCAGUUUGGCCUACUUCGACCAAACAUCAUCGUCUGAGGUCGAUCAUUCAACUGCUGGAUAUGGGAACGAGGCAGUCACUCGAGAACUUUCCGCAACGCCAGCGAUGAGUACGGAGUCUUCUAGCUCUACCGGGGAUGCUGCUACGCUGUGUGCUUGCUACGCCCUCUGCGUCCCCACCGAAACCUCCCCCGAGUUCAACAAUUCCAGUCUCCAGGACUUGCUGGAGGACAUGUUGGUGGACUACAAGUCCACGUCUCGAAGCAGAAGAAAACUCGUCUCUGUUCAAGACGAUCGCCCCAGCGCACGGAUGCUCGGCUCCAUGGGAACAGCCAUUCUCCUGUCAGUUGCCUCCCUUGUGCUCGCUCUGGACCUGUGCAGCCUCGGGCGCUGGCUUGCAAAUCGGAAGUGACGCAAGAUGGCAGACCGAACAUUUUUCAUGACUAGAACUAUUUUAUUUACGUUCUUGCAGAUAUGUUCUUUGGGGAGACUUCUCUCAACAUUUAUCUUCUAGCUGGCAGUUCCUUCCCCUUCCAACUGAUGCCAUCCCUCGCAUAAUUUACUUACCUGAGGAACAACAUACCACUGGUUGUACUAGUGACGCCUAACAUUUUAAAAUAGAAUUUCAAUUAAUUUAAACUUUCAAACAAACUUUCAGUUAUUGCUGGGAAUUAGCUGCAUAAAGCAACGAAGGAUGGUGCUCUGACGCAUAUGUACGUAGCGUUCAGUCGACAAUAUUUUCUUAUACAACAGGAAAUUUUGAAGUAGGUUACACAACACUUGUGGACUAUUGUACCAGUUAUUGUUAUGUAAUUUUCCCUCUUCAUUGCUUGAUGUUAACUGCGACUUUUUUUCUUUUCAUCCUCUCUUGCUGUUCUUGUCGAGAUGCUAGAUGUCACCGUAACAGAACAGGCGUUUGUGUUAAGAUUCCUUUGCAGCUAACGUUGACAUCUUUGAUAUUAUACGUGAUCUAAUUAAAUUAGUAGACGAUUAU